UAGGCUAGUAUAGGCUAGCUCUACACGGCCUCACUGCCUGCAAGGAAGCAGCUCAGCUCAGUGAGCUGGUUGGUGCCUGGAUAUUAUUGUUUGCUUGCAACAGCUGCUGCUGGAGGGAGGCUAGGCCUAUAUAUACACAGGCAACCACCUUCUUCUAGCUACCAUUCAUCAUCAUCAGAGGGAGCGCUGUGACUGUGAGUAGCGAGUGAGCGGUGACCAUUUCAAGAACAGAGCAGCAGAAGCAGCUAAUUCGUUCAUCAUCAUCAGUCUGUGUUUCUUCGACCGUCCCUGCUUCGUGCUUGGAAGUAACACUAAGCCACCAUGGGAGGCACGCUGGAGUACUUGUCGGAUCUGCUGGGCGGCGGCGGCGGCGGCAGCAGCCGGCGCCGGUACAAGAAGAGGAAGCAGUUCCAGACGGUGGAGCUCAAGGUGCGCAUGGACUGCGACGGCUGCGAGAUGAAAGUCAGGAACGCCCUCUCCAGCAUGAAAGGGGUGCACUCCGUGGAGAUCAACCGGAAGCAGUACAAGGUGACGGUGCAGGGGUACGUGGAGCCGCACAAGGUGGUGAAGCGGGUGCAGGCCACGGGGAAGAAGGCCGAGAUCUGGCCCUACGUGCCCUACAGCCUCGUCGCGCACCCCUACGCCGCGCCGGCCUACGACAAGAAGGCGCCGCCGGGGUACGUGCGCAGGGUCGACGCCGUCAUGCCCGUCUCCAGCUACGGCGGACCAACGGCGGCCGGCCCGCAGGAGGAGCGGCUCGUCACCAUGUUCAGCGACGACAACCCCAACGCAUGCUCCAUCAUGUAAAUUACUACUACUGUCAAAUAGCUAGCUAGCUACAGAUCGACCGUGCAGCCGCAGUGGGUGGGUGCACGCAGCUCUCUCUCUUCGAUCACACAACAAAAUCGUGGAUGUGACAAAUGUGAAGAAAUAUAUAUAGUAGAUAUAUAUCUAUAUAUAUAUAUGUGAUCGUCUCGAUCGGUUGGAUAUAUGUUCAUGUCCAUGGCACAUGUGUACGUAGCUAUAUGUUUGUAUGCUUUGUAUAUUGAUACAACCAAAAGAGAGCAUCCGUGUGGCAGAGAGAUUUUUUUUCCAA